AAGAAUCUUUUUGUUCGUGUUUUUCUCAAGUAUCGAGUCUCCGGGGAAGGAGAGAGGGAGAUCCUUCCUUUGAUCUUCCGAUGGAGGAGCAGAUGGGAGGGAGCGAGGAUAGAUGGAGAGGUUCACUAGAGAACAUAACGGAGAUGGCUUCGAAUCUCGAUUCUCUCCAGAAGCUUCUCCUCAAAAAGGCUGUCUUCGUUGAGGAAGACACUUUCUCUAGAGCUUCUCUCGUCUCCGAGCAAGCCCGAACCAUCAAGGUUCUUGAGCAAAGGGUACAAACACUAGAAAGAGAACUAGAUGCUGCAAUCACAGCUGCUGCUCAUGCUCGCUCAGAGAAACGCCAAGCUGAGUCCUCUCAAAAAGCUGCUGAAACACGUGCCCUAGAGGUCACAAAAGAGCUUGAAAACACCACAAAGGUUUUCAAGCUGCAUAUGGAGGAGCUCCGAGGGAUGCAAGAACAGAUAUCCAAACGUGAUAACGAGAUCAAGCUCUUGGAAGCUAUCAUCCAAACGCUCGGUGGAAAAGAGCGACUGAGAAAAAGCGGUGUUAAAGAGUGAUCAUCCCUUUCUUUCCACUUGUAAUAUUCUUUGCAACCCGAGUUUGUGUGACAUUUUUCUGUAAUCAUAUACUCUCACAAGAUAAAAAAAAAUAUUAAUCAAAACUAUGUUAUAAGUGAGUUCUUUGUGA